AUGGCGAGCCUUGCAACCGCUAGGCAACAAUGGGGAGGCAGGCUUGUGCUCUCCGAAGAGGUCGAGCAUGCACUGCAGCACGGAAACCCAGUCGUAGCUCUCGAGAGCACCAUCAUCACGCAUGGAAUGCCACAUCCCACCAAUCUCAGCACCGCCCAGUCCCUCGAGUCCAUCCUCCGUUCCCGCGGCGUGACUCCCGCAACGAUAGCUCUGCAUUCCGGGAAGGUGCAUGUCGGUGUAUCCCAGGCGCAGCUGGAAGAGCUGGCCGAUACGUCCGCCGGACUGGUCAAGAAGGUCAAGGUUUCAAGGCGGGAUAUCGCGCCGACGUUGGCGAAAGGAUUGAUAGGGGGUACGACGGUGGCGGGCACGAUGUAUGUGGCGAGGACGGUGGGGAUUGGGAUGUUCGUUACGGGUGGGAUUGGGGGUGUGCAUCGCGGCGCGGAGAAGAGUAUGGACGUCUCUGCGGACCUGAUUGAGCUCGGAAGAACUCCUAUGGCGGUAAUCUGCGCUGGUGCCAAAAGCAUCCUGGACAUCCCUCGGACACUGGAAGUACUGGAGACGCAAGGCGUCUGCGUGGCCACAUAUGGGGACAAGCCUGACUUCCCGGCAUUCUACACCCCUAGUUCUGGCCAGACAAGCCCUUGGGCUGUGAAAAACGCGAGCGAAGCUGCCUCUCUCAUCCACGCGUCUCUCACCCUUCCGGACCCCCUCUCUACCCUCCUAGCCGUCCCCAUCCCCUCGAUACAUACCCCGGAGGGCGAAAAGGUCCAACAAGCGGUCGAACAGGCCGUUCGGGAGAGUAUCGAGCAGGGGAUCGACAAGCGCGGGAAGGAGGUUACGCCUUGGCUCUUGAAGCGAGUCGGCGAGCUGAGCGGUGGAAUUGCUUUGCAACUCAAUGUCAAGCUCAUCGAGAAUAACGCGAGGGUCGGUGCGGACGUAGCGGUGGAAUUAGCUCGACUACAGCGCGAGUCGGCCGAGCAUGCACAGAGUGCCAACUACUACUUCCCGCCUUCUCAAGCAGCCACUUUGCAGAACGCAGGACCGGGCUUAGGACCGUCACCGUCCUCAAUACCCGCAAGCUCUAGCUCACCGAUACCACUUCCGCCACCCUCGGUCCUAGUCUUCGGUUCCGCCGCCCUGGACAUCACCUCCCAGUCCCCCAUCACACUCGUACCCGGCACGACCACCCCCGGCCCGAUCCACCUCACCCCCGGCGGCGUCGGGCGGAACAUUGCCGAAGCGGCGCAGAACCUCCUUCCUGCGGGUACUGUCAAGCUUGUCUCGCCGAUGCGAGGGGACGAAGCAGGGGAGAUGGAUAUGGUAGGGAGGGUGACAAGGCUGGAGAUGGAGGCGGUGGGGCUGCGGACGGAUGGGCUUGUCACUGUGCGAGAUGAGGGCGGGGCAGGAGAUACCGAAGAGGGAGGAGCAGGGUCGGCAGCGUGUACGUUACACCUGGGACCGGAGGGUGAUUUGGUAUCGGGCGUGGCAGAUAUGGGGAUUGUGGAGCGAUUGGCGGGGGAAGACGUGACCGCAGCUGUUCAGGGGUCGAAGCCCAGGAUGAUCGUCUUUGACUGCAAUCCCACAUCUGGAACAAUCUCCAGUAUCCUAUCAACAGCAUAUGAGAUGGACAUCGACACCUUCUGCGACCCCACUUCCACCCCCAAGCUCCGGCGCCUCCUACCGGCACUCGCCUCCCUCCUUCCCACCUCGCCUACCGCCCGCCGCCCACUCACCCACCUCUCCCCCAACACCCUCGAACUAUCGCAGCUACACGCCCUCCUCUCUGACCUCCCCGGCGAGACGUCCAACCCCGCAUGGGAUUACGUUAAUUCCCUCAACCUACAAUCGGACUGGCGCGCCAGGCUGGAAGCCUUCGGGCGGAAAGAGGGUAUGAGCUGGGUCGUGCAGGAAGGGAUCGUUCAGCAGGCGGUGGGGGUCUUACCGUUCGUCCAGAGUUUGUGGAUCAAGGCGGGGCAGAGAGGGGUGAUUCAUCUUCGGAUUGCAACUUCUCCGGCGGAACGAGGGGGCGAGGGAUCUUCGUCGACUUCAGCAUCGAUAUCGCACAAGCUGGACGGAGCGCAUCAGCGGAAGUAUCUCGUGCUUUCGCAUCACUCGGCACCGGUGAUCAAGCCGGAGGAGGUGAUUAGUACAACAGGAGCGGGGGAUACGCUCGUCGGUGGCCUUGUGGCGGGGCUUGUGGAUGGGAAGGGGAGUGAGGAGGAGUGGGUCCGGAGAGCGCUGGAUGGCGUAGGUAGAUCAUUACGGAGUAAGCGUGCUGUGGGAUAA